AAGCUUAUUGUAUAAAUACCCUUCUCCUCUUCUCCUUUUUGUUUUGGCAAUCAAUUCAGAGAAAUGGAUGUUUAUCGGUUAAUUCUGUGUGGAUAAAAUAGAACUUGAUUAUUUUAAUGGAAGACCGGGUUGAGUUUACUAUUUACAUAAUCUAGUGAAGUGAAGUCUACUCGAGGAAGUUCAAAAAGAAUCUUUCUAAUUGAUAUAAACACAGGUUUAGCCCUUAGAUCGUCGUCUAUUCUCAUUAUCAUCGUCCCCAUGUCCAGCCUUCCCAGUAUGUGUCCCUUCCCUAUGGUCAAACGCACCACAUCCCCUUGCACCGUGACUGCUACAUUCAAACCUUUAUCACUGGAGCAACCCCUGAUGGCAAUCAGAAACUGUGAGGUUGAAGGUCUCAGUUUUAGCGACUACUUCCAACAGUCAAGAAAUUUGCUUAUCAAAUCCGACGGUGGACCUCCUAGGUGGUUUUCGCCAUUGGACUGUGGCUCCCGCUUAAACAACUCUCCUCUCUUGCUCUCUUUACCAGGGGUUGAUGGUACUGGGCUUUCACUUCUUUUGCAUCAUCAUCGGCUAGGAGAGAUUUUUGAUAUAUGGUGCUUACAUAUUCCUUCCACGGAUCGAACACCUUUUACAGAUCUUGUGAAGCUAGUUGAAACGACAAUUAGGUCAGAAAAUUCUCAUUUUCCAAGCAGGCCGAUAUAUAUUGUUGGUGAAUCUGUUGGUGGAUGCCUUGCACUAGCUGUUGCUGCCCGUAUCCCACAUAUUGAUCUUGUGUUAGUUUUGGCUAAUCCAGCUACAAGUUUUGGCAAGUCUCAGUUGCAGCCUCUACUGCCUAUAUUGAAAAUCAUACCUGAUCACAUUUAUUCUGGCCUUCCUUAUGUGAUGAGCUUAAUGACAGGUGUGCCUUCAAGAAUGGUGAUGUCCACUGCACAGAAAGAACUUCCUUCACAACAAACAAUUAUAGAUAUUUCAGAGGCUGUUGGGGCAUUGUUCUCUUACCUUUCUGACUUUGCCGAUGUGUUAACUGUCGAGAUGGUUCUUUGGAAGCUGAAGAUGCUAGAAUCAGCAUGCGCAUAUUCAAACUCAUGUUUGCAUUCUGUUUCAGCUCAGACACUGAUCCUCGCGAGUGGGAAUGAUCAGCUAUUGCCAAGUCUACAAGAAGGAGAAAGGCUUCGCCGCAUUCUGCCUAAAUGCCAGAUCCGUGCAUUUAGUGGUUGUUGCCACGCUCUGUUUCUGGAGGAAGAUUUUGAUCUGGUAACAGUCAUAAAGGGUGCUGGUUUUUAUCGUCGUGCAAAACACACAGAUUAUGCCUCGGACUUUUUACUACCAAGCCCUCGUGAAAUCAAAGAUAUUGUAGAUUCUGCAAGAUGGUUGGAUGUUGCUACUUCUCCUGUGAUGCUCUCAACUUUGGAAGAUGGGAAGAUUGUGAGAAGCCUAUCUGGAAUUCCUUCUGAAGGACCUGUCUUAUUUGUGGGUUGCCACAAUAUGCUAGGGUUUGAAGUGGCUCCUAUGAUUCGUCGCUUUAUACUAGAGCGAAAUAUUAUCAUUCGAGGAGUAGCACACCCUAUGUUAUUUACGAAGUUGAGAGAAGGAAAAAUGCCUGAUCUGGCGACAUAUGAUGUAACAAGAGUUUUGGGUGCAGUCCCCGUAUCAGCAUCCAACCUCUACAAACUCCUUUCCAUGAAGUCCCAUGUCCUCUUGUAUCCAGGAGGCGUGCGUGAAGCUCUUCAUAGAAAGGGUGAGGAAUACAAAUUAUUCUGGCCAGAGCAGUCGGAGUUUGUGAGAAUGGCUGGUAGAUUUGGAGCGACAAUUAUACCUUUUGGAGCUGUUGGGGAAGAUGACUUUACUCAAUUGGUACUGGAUUAUGAUGAUCAAAUGAAGAUUCCUUUUGUGAAGGAUUAUGUAAAAGAGAUAACUGAGGAGUCUAUGAAGCUAAGGACUGAGAUUGAAGGAGAGAUUGCAAAUCAAGACCUUCACUUGCCAAUACUUUUACCCAAAGUUCCUGGGCGUUACUACUACUUAUUUGGAAAGCCAAUUAAAACGGAAGGGAAGAGGCAGGAAUUGAGGAAUAGAGAGAAAGCACAUCAAGUGUAUAUACAAGUAAAGAGGGAGGUUGAAAAGUGUCUUUGUUAUUGCAAAAUGAAAAGAGAGUCUGAUCCAUACAGGAACAUAAUACCACGCUUCAUGUACCAAGCUACUCAUGGUCUCGAAUCUCAAGUCCCAACCUUUGAUCUCCAUUGAGUUUCAGUUCAAACAAAAACACCAUCUAUACAUAUAUAU